ACCCACAGACAGAUGGUAAAACGGUGCUUCCUAUUCUUCUAAAUUGCGAGAAGAGAAACCCUAGGCUAAUUCUCCGGAGUAUCCUCCUAGUUUAAAGGCGAAUAUUACCACUGGAUACGGUAGUUUAGUCUGGGAUUAUUUAGUGGAGAUAAUGUCUGCCAGACCGGGAUUCUAUCGCCAAGAGCUCAGCAAGACUGUAUGGGAGGUGCCCGAACGCUACCAGAAUCUCACACCGGUUGGCUCCGGGGCGUAUGGCUCAGUAUGCUCAGCAUAUGAUGUGCUGCUCCGUCAGAAGGUUGCAGUUAAGAAACUCUCUCGUCCAUUCCAGUCUCUCAUCCAUAGUAGGCGCUCUUAUAGGGAACUGAGACUGCUCAAGCACAUGAAACAUGAGAAUGUUAUUGGGUUGCUAGAUGUUUUUUCACCUGCGGCAUCUCUUGAAGAAUUCAAUGAGGUCUACCUUGUCACUAAUCUGAUGGGAGCAGAUCUCAACAACAUAGUCAAGUUUCAGCGCCUUUCAGAUGAACAUGUGCAGUUUCUCAUUUAUCAGCUGCUCCGAGGCCUUAAGCAGUACAUUCAUUCUGCUGGACUGAUACACAGAGAUCUAAAGCCAAGCAAUGUAGCUGUGAAUGAAGACUGUGAGCUCAGGAUUCUGGACUUUGGAUUGGCUAGACAGACAGAUGACGAGAUGACAGGGUAUGUAGCAACGCGUUGGUACAGAGCACCAGAAAUUAUGCUCAACUGGAUGCACUACAAUCAAACAGUGGAUAUCUGGUCUGUUGGGUGCAUAAUGGGAGAGCUUCUCAAAGGCAAGGUUUUGUUUCCAGGUAAUGACUAUAUAGAUCAGCUUAAGAGAAUCAUGGAAGUAGUUGGCACUCCAACUCCUGAUCUGCUCAAGAAGAUUUCAUCAGAGCAUGCCCAGAAAUACAUUCAGUCCCUUCCAUACAUGCCCCAGCAGGAUCUGGGGAAGAUAUUUAGAGGAGCCAAUCCACUGGCGGUGGAUUUGUUGAAGAGAAUGUUGGUGUUGGACUGUGACAGGCGGAUCUCUGCCAGCGAGGCCUUGUCACACCCAUACUUCUCCCAGUACCACGAUCCUGAUGAUGAACCUGAGGCAUCACCCUAUGACCAGACCCCAGAGAGCAAGGACCGCACCUUGGAAGAAUGGAAGGAGCUGGUGUUUGAAGAAGUGAACAGUUUCAAAACACCUGUCAACAAAACAGACAGUCUCCCUGCUGAACAGUAAAAAGAACUAUUAAGGCCUGCAAGACAGAGUAUAACCAACUAUCCAGGAAGGACUAAUAUUCUUAUGUCUGUCAACCAGAACUCUAAGCAUUUUGGGGGAUGAUUACAGAAGUGACAAUGAAUUCCCAUUCCCUAGGCAUGAUGCCUUUUUUUUAAAAUUGUGCGCAUGUGUGUGUGUGUGUGUGUGUGUGUGUGUGUGUGUGUAUGUGUGUGUGUGUGUGUGUGUGCGUGUAUGUGUGUGUGUGUGUGUGUGUCUGCCUGCUUGUUUUCAUGGAUGCUGGAAAAUAGCAUGUGUCUAGAUUUUAGGGCACAUUAUAAACACAUACAUGCACAGCCAUUGCAUUAACAUUACAGGGAGCAUGAUGUGGUUUCUUCUCAUAGUAUUUUUAUUUCAAGCCAGAUAGAAAUAAGUUGUAAUUGGGAUACAGGUGUUAGUCAAACCAAACUAAAUGUGGCAUGCAAGAAGGAAUCUUGGAAUCUGAAACACAUUUGCAGGGUAGAAAUGGCAGUAGGUAAACAAAACACUGGAAACACAAGAUAAACAAGAUCAAAGUAAAUUAUUUCAAUGAAAGUAUAAAAAUAUCUAUGACAUAACAUGCAAAUUGAAAGAGGAUGAAUGAGUGCCCUGUGUAUGGGUAUGGCCCAAGUUGCAAAAAGAGCAAAAAGGGGUAAUGUCUUAGAAGAAGCAGUGUUUCAGUGAAAUGUCCCAAUCAUAGUUAAAAUAGUCUCAGGAAGGACAAACAGUGGCUGACUGCUGUAGCCCACAAAUAGCAAUACAUGCUGUCCCUAUAUAAACACUAGAAUUAAAAAACAGAAACCUCACAUGCCAUAACCAAAUUGUAUUAUAUCAACAAAGCUGAUGUGUGAUGGAGCUUUCACUGGGGAAAAAAAAUACAGUAUAUUAUUUUUGUCUUCCAGCAAUUAUACUUGGAGUGGUUUCUUAUUAGAAACUGUUUUCUUGUUAGAAAUAUUUCAAAACAUGUAUAACAGGAUUCCUUAAAACACAAAAGACAAAGCCCAAAUAAUUACUGGUAUGUCUGUAUUACUUUGUGUUUCCAUUCUUUUGUCAAUCUUCUGCAUUUACAUUUUUAAGACUUAAUAUAUAAAUACAGCAUGUCUAAAGUAUAUUAGCUCAAUAUUCAAUAUAAUCCAUCUUUUAUUCACCAUAGUGGGUGCAUUAUCGAAAUCUUAAAUACCUCAAGUGUUCAAUUAUGAAUGACCAGACAAAAAAACCUUUGUGUUCAAAUGCUGUAUGUUGUUUGAAAAUCUGUUUCUCCACAGCCUAAAUGUCCACUUCAGAAUUCAAAGGUGUGCAGUGAAAACCCAUAUGAUGCAGAAUGGGAUUCCAUUUUUUGUAAUGCUUCAUGUACCAAAUGGAUGGAUCAGGAUGCCUGCAUAUACAGAAAUGGUUUAACUAUAUAUUAAUGCAGCAAGAUCAGUUAAUCUACUAGGCCCUGUCUAACAUGUUAUUAAAAACAUCCAAAGAGCUCAGUCCUCGCUUGACCCAAAUAGCAUAAAACUGACUGAAAUAUUUGCUUUCUUAAGGAUGUUUCAACAUAGUUUCCAUGUCUUUUUAAUCACUGUAGUUGUUUCUCUUUAUGGGUGGUGUUUAUAUAUUUUACCAAAUAUGAAGAAUGUUUUGCCUCGAAAGAUAUCUGAUCUACACUGAAUCUUUGAUGUUGGUGGGGUAUGUUUUGUAUUUCAGAAAAUAUUAAUGGAUUUUUCUUUGCUGGUAUUAUGAUUCACUGAUUUAUAUACGAAUAUUUGUCAUUUUAUUACUUAUAUUAUUUUCAAUAUU